AUGUCUGUUCAACGGAUAGCGUUCAAGGUCCAUGGUACCGUUCAAGGCGUCGGUUUCCGCGACUUUACACAGAAACGUGCAGCCGAGUUCGAACUGAAAGGCUGGGUAAAGAAUACCCAUUGUGGACGGGUUGAAGGGGAAGCCCAAGGAACUCCAGAGUCGAUCCAAAAGUUGCUCAAGGAAAUCAACAACGGGCCACGACUGGCGCAUGUUGUUAAAGUGGAGAAGAGAGAUCUUGCCGUGCAGGAUGGUGAGACCCAUUUCGGUGUUAAGCGGACCUCUGAGUCGGCUUUUGAUGCUACGAAGUAA